AGGAGGAGCGAGGUUGGGAUUUUGAUAACACCAUGCGCAGGGCACAUUAGGUGUGGAAUAGCCUUAUAAUUUUUUUUCUCAGGACCUUAAUGGGUUUGACGAUAUCUACAUUACAGCAGAAUUUGCAAUAGAUUACUUUGUUAUAUCUAUGUAAAUUCGUGUAAAAACCCAGUAAAUGAACAAGCAAAUUAUGUGAAGGCAUAGGUGCUGACACGCACGCACACACACACACACACACACACACACACACACACAGUCAGUGAUGUCAUUUGGCAGAAGAAAGGUAAAGAAGCAGACGAAGCAGGUGGAGAGCAGUGUCUGCCUGCUAAAAGCGUUUUGACAGUCCCAUCGUUGAUGAUAUUUCGAGAAGCUCUUCAGCGCUCUGAAGGACAGACAUCCUACGCGAUGCGCCACAUUCAGACGGGCGGCUGCACGGAAAAUGGUGACGCUUAACGCAACGGCCGGCUGCUAACCAUUCCUUUAAUUAUAUUCCCUUCAUAAUAACGCCUGGGGACAAGGAUAUUCGAGACGUUGGAUCAUGAAUCCGGCAGAGCAGACGGUUACAUGGCUCAUAACGCUCGGGGUUAUGGAGUCCCCGAAGAAGAGCGUAUCAGACCCGGCCGCGUUUCUGCAGUGCGCGCUGAAGGACGGAGUCGUGCUUUGCAGGCUGAUCGAGCGCCUGCGCCCCGGUAUCACCGAGCAAGUGUUUCAGGAGCCCAAGAACGACAGCGAAUGUCUGAGCAACAUAAAGGAGUUUUUGAAAGGUUGCGCCGCGUUUCGGGUCGAGCCAUUUGAAACAAGUGACCUGCUGCAAGGCCAGAACUUAAGUAAAGUUCUUACCACAUUGGUGGCUCUCAACAAAGUAACUGCAGAUAUUGGCAUUGGCAGUGAUUCUGUAUGCACCCGUCAUUCUACCGCUCAUCGCAUCAAGUCUUUUGAAUCUCUGGUUUCACAGACCUCACUGAGCCGGUCAUCCAAACUUCUCCAUAACCAGUUCCGAAGCCUGGAUAUGACCGAGAAUAGUAACAGCCAGUUGUUGGUGAAAGCUCGCUUCAACUUCCAGCAGACCAAUGAGGAUGAGCUCUCCUUCACCAAGGGUGACCUCAUCACAGUCACCCGCACGGAAGAGGGCGGAUGGUGGGAGGGCAACCUCAAUGGAAAGACUGGCUGGUUUCCAAGCAACUAUGUCAGAGAGGUCAAAGGUUGUGGCAAGUACAAACAAGUUUCCCCCAAAUCUGGAACUCUUAAAAGCCCACCUAAAGGUUUUGACACCACUGCCCUUAGCAAAACCUACUACAACCUGGUGCUACAGAACAUUUUAGAAACCGAGACCGAGUACUCAAAAGAGCUUCAGAAUCUCCUUACUAACUACCUGAGGCCACUUCAGAACACAGAAAAACUUAGCUUUUCAGACAUCAGUGUCAUUUUGGGGAACCUGGAAGAAAUCAGCACCUUCCAACAAACUCUUGUGCAGUCACUUGAGGACUGCACUAAACUUCCAGAGCUUCAGCAGAAAGUAGGAGGCUUUUUCUUAAACCUUAUGCCCAAAAUGAGAGCAUUGUAUACAGGUUACUGCUCAAACCAUCCAUCAGCUGUUAACAUUCUCACUGACCACAGUGAGGUGCUGGGAGACUUCAUGGAGAGUAGAGGAGCAAGUUCACCAGGCAUCCUGACUUUGACCACAGGCCUUAGCAAACCUUUCAUGAGACUAGACAAAUAUCCAACUUUACUGAAAGAACUCGAGCGACACAUGGAGGAGGGUCACCCAGAUCGAACUGAAAUUCAGAAGUGCAUGACUACAUUCAAGAAUCUUUCUGCCCAGUGUCAAGAGGUGCGGAAACGGAAGGAGCUGGAGCUACAAAUUCUCACUGAAUCUAUUCGUUUGUGGGAGGGUGAAGACAUCAAGACUUUUGGCACUGUGAUCUACAUGAGCCAGGCCAUGGUACAGAACCAAGGCUGUGAGGAAAGCAAUGAACGUUACCUCAUGCUUUUCCCUCAUGUUCUGGUUAUCCUCUCGGCCAGCCCAAGGAUGAGUGGCUUCAUCUACCAGGGCAAGCUGCCUUUGAGUGGAAUGACAGUAACUCAUUUAGAGGACUGCGAAAGCCACAAAAAUGCUUUUGAGCUAUCAGGUUGCAUGUUUGAGAGGUUGCAGGUCAUCUGUUUUAAUAAACAUGAUCAACAGGAUUGGUUGGAGCACCUGAAUCGCCAGACUAAACACACCACCAUGACUGCCCCAAGCUUAAAACCACUCGCAGUCCCUUGCCACACGCUCCCAUCCCACCCUCUAACUCCAUCCAGACAUGCAGAGAGCAGAGGCCUCACUGUUGCUCCUGCCUACCACACGCUCCCUCAUUCCUCUUCUCAUGGCGCUCCACACAGCACUGUAAUGUGGGGACCUCUGGAACCUCCUAAAACCCAGAAACCUUGGAGUCUUAGUUGCCUAAGGCCAGCACCCCCACUUAGACCAUCCGCUGCUCUCUGCUAUAAAGAGGAUCUCAGUAAAAGCCCCAAAAGUAUGAAGAAGCUGCUGCCCAAGCGGAAACCAGAAAGGAAGCCCUCUGAUGAGGAGUUUGCACUGAGAAAAAGUACUGUAGCACUGGAAGAGGAUGCUCAGAUCCUGAAAGUGAUAGAGGCUUACUGUACAAGUGCCAAAACCAGACAGACUCUCAACUCAACAUGGCAGGGCACUGAUCUCAUGCAUAACCAUGUGCUGGAUCAGUCGAGCAUGGAGUGUAUGGGCCGCCGCAGCAGCAUCUCUCGGCCUGAAGGCAGCUCGGACCUUUCAGAGGACUCGGACUAUGACAGUAUAUGGACGGCUCAUUCUUACAGGAUGGGGCCGGUUUCCCGUAAGAGCUGCAGCUCCUACAUCUCCCACCAGAACUAAACUCCCUCACAUGUACUGUUUAACUUCAUUCACUUUAGUUUUAUUUAUUUUAUUUAUUUUAAUGUUUAUUUAUUUAUUUUUUAUUUAUUAUGUCUUUUCACUUGCCUGUGUUAAACCUCACUCCUUGUCCUCUUUGUGCACUUAUCUAAAUUGGUCCUUGUUGCCUUGACACCUUUUUUGCCUAUUAUUUUGAUGUCCACUCAUGUGAUGGGUGGAAAUAUGCCUUUCUCAGUUUCGACCUAGUAUUUCAUCUGUAAGAUUAACGAAGGACAUACGUUUGUGGAUGAGUUUCCCUGCUAGAAAUUAUAAGAUCUCACAUCUUUGUAAAUAUUUUAGUAUUGUCAUUUUUUUUUAAUGUGAAGUAUUAUGGUUUACCUAAGGGAAGCAUUGGACACAAGAAUUCCAGCUUUUUUUUUUUUUUUCAGGAUGCUAGACGAUAGAAGAGUUGAAAACAAAAUACUUUGUUAAAAAAACAGGAAAAUCACAAGUUGCUACUAUGGACAGUAUUAGUUGAUGUACCACUGUUUUUAUUUAUGUAUUUAUUUUUGACUUGUACAGUACAUGCAUUUUUUUUUUUUUGUUACAUGUAUUCUCAUAAUAAUGUCUACAUAUGGUAUGAUUGUUUGCCAAAAUAUGCUGAAAUGUAAUGUCUCAUCAAACAUUUGUUUGAUUUUAAACCAGGUUUGUGGUUCUUUGUUACUCAUUUAAAGCUCUGUGAGUACCUGUAGUGUUUUAAGAUAAACUUUUUUCUGUUAUGUAUGAUUUUUUUUGUUUUAUCAGACAAAAAGAGAAAUACAUAUUGCCAGUUAGAAAAGUACUUAAAACAAAGAAUAAGAAUAUAA